AUGCAGAUCUCUGUGAAGACCCUGACUGGCAAGACCAUCACCCUUGAGGUUGAGCCCAGUGACACCAGUGAGAAUGUCAAAGCAAAAGUCCAAGACAAGGAGGGCACCCUGCCUGAUCAGCGGUGUCUCAUUUUUGUGGGCAAACAGCUGGAGGAUGGCCGCACUCUCUCAGACUACAAUAUUCAGAAACAGUCCACCCUGCACUCGGUGCUUUGUCUGCAGGGGCAUAUCGAGCCCUCCCUUCCCCAGCUUGCCCAAACAUACAACUGUAACAAGACGAUCUGCUGCAAGUGUUACACCCACCUAAACCCUCUGCACGGUCAACUGACGCAAAAAGAAGUGUGGCUACACCAACAACCCGCGCCCCAACAAGAUUAAAUAAAGCUCCUCUGCUACCUCCUGGGGCCACAGGGUAGUCUUCCACCUGAACCCAUGGCCAUGGGACCUCAAAAGAUUUACCCUUUCAUUGAAAAAAUAAUAA